AUGAUGAUGGACUCAAAUACUAAACCUCUGAAGAAUAGCAGUCCUCCUUCCCCACUGAAGUUUUAUGAGCUUUUGGGUUUCGUGGGAAUUCUAAGGGAAGCUCCGAAACUUUUCUUGAGAAAUGGGAAACUCAUGUCCUCUAUCACCAUACUCAUGAUUUGUUUUAGUUCUGUCCUCCUGUUGAUGAAUAUCAUCUCAAUCAAACCAUCAAUCACUGACUUCAUCUUCAAGGCAAGCUUUCUAACCGUGACAGACAAGAGUAGCCCCGAAUUUGCCGACCUUAUAACUUCUUUGAAAAUUGACCUCCGAUUAGUUGUGGGACUAGAGGGGAUUUUCAUUUUAACGUUCUCCUUUACCUCGCUGUUUUUUGCAACCUCAUCAAUCCUAGCAUCAGGGGUAACAUACUGUGGUAAAAACUUUUCUGUCAAGGAACUCCUAUCAAGGGUAGUGAAAUUGUUGAAAAGACCGUUUGUCACUUGGUUUUACAUAAUGCUGCUUCAUCUAGGCUAUUGUCUAUUUCUUACAGCAUUUCUGGUUCCUUUGGUUGUGCUUUUCAGUCCUAAGUUCACACUUUCGGGUUUCUCUAUAAUCGUAUUAAUUGUAGCUGUACUUUUCCAAGCUUAUCUUACCGUUGUUUGGAACUUAGCACUCAUUGUUUCAGUACUUGAGGAAAAAUGGGGCAUUGAGGCACUAGGGAAGGCAGAACAGCUUAUCAAAGGAUCUAAGCUACGAGGGCUUUUCCUGAAUAUUCUUUUUGGAGCAUUCUCUGUUGCUGUGGUCUACGGUUUGAAGAAAAUUGGCAAUAUAGCAUUUUCAGGAAGUCAAAUAGUAAUUCCAUUGCUCCUCUUAAACUCCAUGUCCUUGAUCAGGAUGUUUUCACUAAUGGCAUAUACAGUCCUUUACUAUGAGUGCAAGGAGACUCAUGGAGAAGAGCUUGAAAUGCAAGGAGGCGUUGAAUAUUCUAAAGUUAACGCAGUCACCCCACUUCUCAGUUCAGAUGAAGAAUGUUGA